AUGGAGGUAGAUGAGAUCGAAGCAGUGCUCGAAAAAAUCUGGGAUUUGCACGACAAGCUCAGCGAUGCCAUUCACUCAAUUUCUCGGGCUCACUUCCUGAACUCGGUCAAGAAUCCCCGUAAAUUCACCACCUCCGGUGAAUCCUAUUUCUACCCAAAAAAUCGAGCCUCCACCACCGCCGAAUAUUCCGACAACAAUCAUGGGUCGGGUUUUGUAUUCGUGAAGGAAUUCCGGGUCGAGGACGAUGAAUUGGCCCUUCAGGAAGCCAAGAGUCUCUAUGCCAUUCGAACUGCGCUCGAGAAUCUCGAAGAUCAGCUGGAAUUUUUCCAUAUGGUACAAACACAGCAACAGACUGAGAGAGAUGCUGCAAUUGCUCGUUUAGAGCAAAGUCGUAUCGUUCUUUCCUUGAGAUUGGCUGAACAUCAAGGUAAGAAGUAUAAAGUCAUUGAAGAAGCACAAGCUUUAGUGGGUGCUGUGCAAGAUGCUGGUCAAUUUAUUUCACCAGAAAAUCUCUAUGUUCCAAGCACGUACCCUUCUGGUCCAGGCUUUGAAGCUCAAGAAUCAACGAGGUCAAAUGUUCUUGUCAAUUUUCUUCUGUCCGGUUUAAAUUUUGUUUCCAAGUCCCUCAAAUUGGAUCACAUGGGUAGGAUAAUGGGGAAUUCUGCUUUGGUUGCUCUCAGCAUGCUUGCAUUAAUGCGUCUCAGCCAACUCGGUUGCAAGGACAAAUAUUUGUUGGACGCCACUCAGAUGCAAGAUCCUGCUGCCUAUGGCAGAGUCACGAGAGUUUCUCAUCCGCAUGGUCGACUGCCUGGUCGUCAUUCUUUACAGUUUGAUGUCAUGGUAGCUAGGGGUUAA